AUGAUCAGCGUACCCUACACGUGGGCCUGUUUGCUGCUUGGAGCGGCAGCAAUAACGUUCAUCACAAGUACCGCUAGAGAGUUCUUCAAAAAAGCAUCACAACCAUCUGCCAAGCGACGGAACUCGACAAUUACAGCCAACCUCGCAGAAGAUGUAUACUACAAUAUCACACCCCUCAAAGACUUCAACAUCAACGCUGAAGAGCCGAUCAAGGCCCGCCCCUUCAAACCGAAAUUCCACAUGACAAUGGCGAUCGAGAACAUCACUCUCUCCGAACUCGUGGUCAUGGACAAGACGUACCACGAGCGCAUCAAGAUACGCCGCAAGCUGCUUGCAGAGGAGCACCACGAAGUCCUAGGCACGAAUCCCAAAGCCACGCCAGCCGUCCUUGAAAUGUACAAAUGGCUCACCCACACCUAUCUGCCUGAACGUUUCCCCACAUUGUUCAAUCUCACCUCCACCGGCCUGCUCAACAAAACCACCCAGGAAAGCCUACCCUUGACCGCAGACUCGGCAGCCCACGCCCUCGAGCUCAUGGGCUCCCACAUCAACGACGACUUCCUGUUCCUCCUGCCCUCGGACACGCCCGAAGACGCAGGCAAAUACCGGCUCGAAGCCUUUGUCACCUGCUUCCCCUCUGGCUUCCGCACGCGGUCCAAGCUCGGCCUAGUACUCGCCGACAUCCACACGCCGGUGCCGCACUACAAGCAGAAGCUCGAGCUGUCCAUGGACAGGUUCUUCGCCAUGCUGCCCCUUGGCCGGAUCGUGCAAAGGUGGAACUGGACCAUCACCACGUCGGGCGACUUGUUCUGCCGAGCAGGAAGCCACGCUACGCCCGACGAAGCAGCCCGGCAGUCUACGGACGUCAAUCUGCGCACGACGUUCCUCCGCUGCGAGAGGCAGACGCUGCAUCGACUGCCGGAAUCAAAGGCGAUUGUGUUUACCAUCAGGACCCAUCUGUAUCCGAUCACGGACUUGAGGGACGAGGGCAGUGGCGAGGCGCUGUGUGAGGCUAUUGACGGGCUGGAGACGGGGAGCGUGCCGAAGAUGGCCGUGUACAAGAGGCAGGUGGUUUGGGGGGACAAGGUCAAGGCGUUUCUGAGGGGCGAGAUCGAGGUGGAUGCCUGA